AUGAUUCGAUUCUCAUUAUGGGCUCCAACGUCCGACAAGCCUCUAUCUCGUCGUGUCCGAGCGCAACGUCUCUGCCGCAGAUGCUCAAAGAUCAACCUGGAGAACCUCUUCCAAGCCGGAUCGCGCUGUCAAGAGGAAUUUGAGGGGGUCAAUGUCAAGUUUCUGGGCGCCUUGCCGACGGAAGAAGGGCGUGUUCGUUGCGCCAUGUGCAAAUUAUUCAUCGGAGCCCGGCUGUAUCAGGAACAAGCCGCAGACAAGAACUACGAUGUCCAAGCAUACAGCAGUGCGCUUCGACGACCGACACUGGAACUAUGGGAAAACGCGUCGCAGACACAUAGUUGUAUCCUUGCUGUACAACAUGGAGAGGGGAGACGGAAUUCGUAUGCACCCAGAAAUCUAUACGACACCUCUGAGCGUCUGAAUGAUAUCGCAGUGGUAGCCGCAGCAGAAUCACCAAUCCCGGAGCCGACCGAAUCAAAGCCACUCGUCAUGUAUGGUUGUGAGGUGGUUCCCAACAGCGUACAAUACGAUCGACUUCGUCAAUGGCUAUUCGAGUGUGAGCAGCAACACGGAUUCAGAUGUCGGACGCCUCAUAGGGAUCAGCAAUUUCCCGUUAGGGUCAUUGAUUGUGUAUCAAGAACUGUGGUUCUUAGGCCUCGAGAUUCCCAUUAUUUUGCCUUGAGCUACGUCUGGGGGCCACCCGAUCCCUUGGCUACGCCUUGGACCUUGAAAGGCCAUCACGACUCCAUUGAACUACCGACUUGUCUACAUCCGGCUAUCGACGAUGGAAUCAAGGUCGUUCUGGCACUUGGAGGGUGCUACAUAUGGGUCGACCAAUUUUGCAUCAACCAAGCUGACGAAGAGGAGAGGGGUCAAGAGAUAUCCCGCAUGGAUCGAAUCUAUGCCGGCGCAGAGGCCACUAUAAUCGCAGCAGGGUCCCAGACAGGAAGGGCUGGUCUUGUGGGCGUGGGCUCCAUCUCGAGAUUACAUCAACCCCAUGUCUUCUCCCGGUGUAAAUUGUUCGUCUCAACUCUACCUCCUCUACGAUCGGCCCUUGCACAGUCAAAUUGGAUUACUCGUGGCUGGACAUUCCAGGAAGCUUGUCUAUCGAGACGUUGUCUAUUCUUUACGGACCUUCAAGUAUACUACACCUGCAUGAGUGGUUCCGAGUGCGAGUCUAUAGUCACGAAUUUUCCAAAAGAAAAAGAACAUUCUGGUAUGGGAUCAUCAACAACGUACGCAGCCCUAGAUCACCUGGAUGCAAUUCAACCAGCACCCCUCUUGGACAGUCGGAUGGGUGGUCCCCCUCGCUGGGCCUUUAGAGACGCUCUAAGCCAAUAUUCCCGACGUACAUUGUCGUACGACUCUGACGCAUUAGAUGCAUUUCGUGGGAUAUUGCAGCGAUCGAGCCAGCCUAGUUACUGGGGCAUACCGUUCCUUUUCCAAGAUGCCCAGGACCAUGCCGACCCCAGGUUGACCCUAGCGGAAGAUCCCAACUACAGAUUUGCUUGUGGUCUUUCCUGGGAGCCGUUUGUGAGCUCCCCCGGAUCAUUUCGUCAACAAUCGCUAAUAAGGAGGACUGGUAGUGCCUCGGGUAUGGAAUUCCCUAGCUGGUCCUGGGUUGGCUGGGUCGGCCAUGUCAGCUAUUUCUCGCCUCACGAUGCGGGUGCACUACGAGGAUAUGGCUAUCUCCCAGAAUGGGACAUCGCUCCAAAAGAGGACUUUGGCCUACGGAUAUGGGUCAAAAGCAAUACGGAUGGGACUUUGACAGCAAUUGAUGAUCUAUUGCGAUCAUUCCAGUCACAGUCCCAGACUCAACAGUCAGAGGAAGAGGACGACGGUCCGCCCGACGUCAUGGUUAUCCCAGAAAUAUCACCAGUGCUGAAGAUCGAUUCGAUAUUGAUCUCUACCCGGAUUGAGUGGCGGAAUGACGAAGGCGGUUAUUUCAUAUCCGGCUCGAGAACCUGGGUGUCCAACGUUGUGUUUUGCGAGUACCCUCCCAGAAACAGUGAUCUGCAUGAUAGAAUCAUAUCCGAGGAAUGGGUUGGUGUCGUUUUGAUCAUGAAGAUGGCUGCUGGGAUGGAGGAGGAGGACGAUGAUGAUUAUGAUGAUGAUGAUGAAGAAGAAGAAGAAAAAGAGGAGGAGGAGGAGGAGGAGGAGGAGGAGGAAGAAGAAAAAAAUGAGGAGAGGGAAGAGCAGGAGGAGCAUUUCAUCGGGAAGGAGGGGAAGUCCGUCAAAGAGGAAGAGAGCAGGGAAGAAGAAAAGAGUGAAAGGGGGCCCUUCAACUGGGUUGAUAGAGAGCCGUCUAUAUUUGUCUUGUUGCUCGACAAAAGAGACGGGAAGAACGAACGCUUCGGAUCAGUUUGGGUGUCGUGGGAGACAUUUUCGUCUAUGGAAAAGUGGCGAGAGUCAAUUGAACUAUUCUAG